AUGGCCACCGGGGUUCCGCAAAAAAAAAAAAAAAAAUACAACCCGGGGGCCGCUUGGGGAAGCCCUUUCCCAUUCAUCUUUCGGGCUAAACCAAAUGACGAUUUGCCCAUUUAUAAUGUGCCUUUCGCUUUGUGGAAUGGGAAAAAUUGGAAAGUUUGGUUCUGGGAAAAAUCGGUGGAUACAACCCGCGGGCCGGUCAUUUUGGAAACCAUUGUCUGGUGGGAAACGCAAAAGCGAAAGCAAAACGAACGACAACAACAAAUUUCGGGAGCUUUCCCAUCGAUAACACUUUCCCCUCGGGGUGGCAACAGUUAA